AUGGCACAAGAAGAGACUGUGAAAUUGAAAAAAGGUGACUAUACGGUUCACAUUUUCAUAGAGAACGGAAGAGGUCUUCUCCCUCUUAACGAUUCCGGUAAAAUUGACCCAAUUGUAAGUUUUAAAGUAUUCGGCAAAGAAAAAUGCACCAAAGCCCUUGAUGAUGUAGGAUCAGGCGCAGCCAUUUUCUGGGGUGAACAUUUUUACUUUUCAAAAGAGAACGCGAGCGCUUCAGAAAUAGAGCAGCAGCGACUUACAAUUGAAGUCAGAGACCACAGGUUUCUCUUAAAAAAUUCUCUUGUUGGAUGCUAUGAAAUGGAUCUGACCUAUGUAUAUUAUCAAAAAGACCAUACCAUAUUUCAUCAAUGAAUAGGUCUAAGCAAUCCUGAAGCUGCUGAUUUUAGUGUCGUCCGUGGAUACCUCAAGCUUGGAAUUUCAGUUCUCCAUGAAUCUGAUAAAGCAGUCGAUCUCACAGUUCCAGAAAAACCAGGGGCAACUGAAGAAAUGCUGCUACCUCCUCAAGUCAAGCCAAAAACAGUACAACUUGUUGUAAGGUUUUUAAAAGCUGAGCAGCUGCCUAAAAUGGAUCGAGUAGGUACAGCUGAUGCAUAUUGUAUUGCAAAAUUCUCAGGGGUCGAGCAGAGAACAUCAGUAAUAACAGUCGAUGAGGCCACGAUGUCUGCUUAUUGGUAUGAAGAAGUUUACCUCCCAGUCAUGCAGCCCUGUGUCGCCACAAAGUUACAAGUGACAGUCCUUGACCAUGAUACAGCUAGUCCUAAUGACGAUUUAAUUGGAAGCAUCAGCUUUAGCUGGGACAAAAUUUUAAACGGUGACUACAAAGAUCAUUUUUGGGCUAACAUUUAUGGAGCACCUCCCAGAACAGACAACGACGAGUCAAAAUUAAUGAACUCUAUCCCUGAAAUGGCUUCAUAUUGGAGAGGAAGGCUACUUAUGAGUAUUUUUGUAGACGAAGAAGCAAGAGCAGUGCUUAAAGUUGAAAAAGUAGCAGAAGAAGGAAUAAAGGAAAAAGUUCAGCAAGAAUUUGAAGUCGGAGAAAUGUACGAAGUCAGAGCACAAGUGUUCUCAGCCAUCGCACUCCCUGAUAAAACUGGAAAGUAUGGUAUCAAGGUCAGAUGGGCUGAAAUUGAGCUUUCUUCUACUGAAAUGAGAGCUAAUAAUGGCUGCUGCAAAUGAUAUGAAAGCUUAAAUAGGAAAACGACACUAAUUCCUAAUAGAUCUGAAUCAAUACUUCCAGAUGUGUUUAUAUACUUGAAUAGUGGAGGCUCUAACGUUUGUUACGCAAGAUUGAGUGCUAAAGAAUGCAUGAAAUUAGAUAAAGAUGAGAUGUGGAUUAGGUUUAACCCUGACAAAGCUAUUAAUACUGUAAAAAAUGACUGGGAAGGAGGAUUUAUAAAAAUAAAAGUCUAUAUUGGAAAAUUGUCAGAACAGAAACUUGUAAGGUGGAACAGGCCUGAACAAAGGUCUGAAGUUAGCAUGACCCUGCUCUGUCAUCUUUUCCAAUGCAAAAAUCUUCCAUCCUCAGACUCAAAUGGAUCUGCUGAUCCAUACGUUGUCAUGUACUGCGCUGGAAAUCAAGUUAAUACUGAUAAAAAAGCGAAGCCAAAUACACUUAAUCCUAUGUGGUAUGAAACCCUUGCAAUGGAAAUCUCUGUAGAGCCUGAUACAUCAACACCUGUACUUAUAGAAGUUUCCUAUGUUUGGCGCUGUAAGGCCGAUAAAUUCUGAUCGGAAUUUUUAUCGGUUGGUUGCACCAAAUCAAUGCCUUGGUCGGACCAAAAAGCGAUUUGGUCCGACGAACUUGGAAAGCUCCUAGGAAAAUGUCUGCGCUUUCAGCGCUAUAUAGAGCAAACCUCUAUAUUUAUGUAUGGGAUUACGAUUUAGGAAGCAAAGAUGACCUUAUGGGAAUGUGCAUUGUUAAUGUAAAGAUUAUUUAGAUGAAAGAAAUUAGGAGAGACACUACGCUGGCUGGUCAAGCAUAGGUAGCAACCAGACACCCCCCCACCCUACCCCCCUAAAAAUGGUACCCCCCACCCCCUCAAAAAAAUAAAUGGUUUAUCCUAUAGAAGUAAUUGAUAGGAAAAAAGCAGAAUAAAUUAAAUAUAAUCCAAUUAAAACACUAUAUUGAUAAAUUAAGUCCACAAAUUACUUUAUAUUUAUGAUUAAUUAAUAAAUUUAAAUUAAUUAGAAAAUAUAUUAAAUUUGUUUUUAUAUUUAUAAAUAUAAUGCCAAAGAAUAGAUAAUGGCAUUAAUUAUUAAAUUAGCCAAGUACAAUAUAAUAACUUGCAUUAAAUUUAUUGAUUCAUAAAUUAAAGCUAAUCUGAUGCCCAUUGUACAAGAAUUGCAGGACUGAAUUAGUAACAAGAUUCAAUAUAAUAAAAAUAGUAUUUGCUAUUGUCAAUUUUACUUUUGAUCUCUAAUUGGACUCUUUAGCCAUUGUUCCAAAAAGUUCAUAAAUAUAUGCAGGAUAUACUGCUAAUUAAUACCAAAGAUCAUUAUUAUGCCUCUAACAAAUUUCUUCAGAUGUGGUGUGCUUAGUAGUUACAGGAAAUUCUCACCCCAAUCCACCUACUGCUUAAUCGAUUGUGCUAUGCUAUGUGGAUAUUGUAUAAAUCAGUAAUUUUGAAUAUUUAAAAUAAUAAUUUAUUUAUUGCGUCUGCUCUAAAUUGGCAUUUGUCAUAUAUUUAUGCUAUAUUAAGGGGGUGGGGGGUGCCAUUUAAAAGGGGGGGGUGGGGGUGUAUGGUUGCGACCUAUGCUUGACCAGCUGGCUCCAAGGCCAAAAUGGUAUAAAUUGGAUAUGGGAAAGCCUGGGACUGAAGAAGGAGAAAUUUUGAUGUCAUUUAGCUUACAGCAAAGCGGAAAUGUACCGUAUUACAGCUUAGUGUAAAUAUUAUACAGACCUGAAAGCACAGAAGUAACAAUAGAAAUCAAUAUUUUGGGGCUAAGGGAUUUAAAGCCUGCUGUAGGUUGGAUGCCAGUAAAUAAAGCAUUUAUGAAGUUUGAUUUAAAAUCUCUGCAACUUCCUGGAGAAUCUUUGCCUGUUCAAGAGUUAACUCCGCCUCUCCGCGAGCUAACCAGGAAAUUUUAUUCGCUUAUAGUAUUUUUUUUCCAAAAAAAAUUGGAAAUCAAAUAUUUUAUUUAAUUUGUAAGAUUUAUAUGUUAAAAAUGCAAUUUUUUAAAAUUAAACAGAAUUAGCUAGAUAUUUCAUUAUAAUAAUAAUUACUUAUCACUUAUAUAUUUCAAAAUUUUUGGUUCUCACGGAAGGUGGCUUUUUUGCAAAAAGCAGGGAUUUUUCCAAUGGUUUGCUCGCUCACAGAGAGGGUUGUAAGAACUCAACCUUUCGAGCCAGGCCCGAACCCAAACAUUAAUACAGUGCUUUCCUUCACAUGCAUGAUACCUGUAGAUUCUUUAUAUUGUCCAGUUUUAAAUGUAAUCAUUAUUUAGUGUACUGUUCACGACUAUGUUCUUUACGGACUAUCACAACCUUUACUUGGGACGUUUACUAUUCUCUCCUAAAUUAGUCUUUAUCUUUAAUUACACCAAUUGCAAUGUCAAUUUCUUAAUUUAUUAUCUGAUAAAAUUAAUCAUCCUCUGCAUAUUCAAAUCGGCGAUCUUCUACUCAAAAAAUAUAAGCGAGCUGAAGCUAAAAGACAAGCCAAUCUAAUCUUCAACAGAUAUUCUACCGCAUUAGCUCCAGCCAAGCUCGACGAAGAACAGCGAAAUGCCGCAUUUAAUCGAUACUCCACCCAAUUUCCUGCAAUAAAAAUCGAAGACGAGAAAGAAGAGCCAAGACGUUCCUUUGAUUCUCUAAAUCCUUUCAAAGUUGUAGAAGAAGCUAAUGAAGAUGAAUAUGAAGAAGAGGAAAAAGAUUUUGAACCACUUUUCAGCGUCGUUCAGAGACGAAAAGAAACUCUUGUGAGGCCAUUUCUCCCCAAGGCAUCUGUAGGUGCAGGAGGAGAUACAAUGAGAUCUUUAUUUAAUACACCUCGUGCUAGUAUAAGGGAAGAAAUUAAAGCGGAGGAUAUGAAGGUGGAGGAAAUGCAGGUAGAUAGGGUCGUCAUUUAUCCACAAUUUGCUGAUGACCCAAGGAAGAAAAGAAAAGUUGAGGUCGGAAUUCCAAAUCCUGAAGAAUAUUGCCCGUUAGGAUAUAACAGAGAGCCUGAUGAUGGAAAAAAGCAUUAUAGAUACUACAUUAAAGGGGAGCUUGAAAAAUCAAUUUUUAUGGAUGGGUCACCGUUUGACCAAUACGAUUUAAUCAGAGGGCAGUCUAGAGGUUUAGGAGGCAUAAUUGAUACUUCUAAUAAGCUUGAUGAACAAGGACAGAAAACAAAUAUAAAAAGUGUUGGAAAAUUCAAAGGGCUUAUUAGAGUCAUAAAGGAGAAGAGCCGUCGGCGUGCUCAGGCAAUGAUGGAAGAAGAAGAGGACGAAAUAGAGUCCAAAGAAUUCGAAGAAAUCGGGAAGCUUUUAUUAACCAAAACAGAAUGUGUCGUCAGAGUCUACAUAAUUCAAGCAUUUGAUUUAGAACAAAAAGACGUCAACUCUGCAUCAGAUCCAUACCUAAUCCUGAAAUUAGGAAAUAAAGUUAUCAAUCAAAGAGACAAAUACCAGCUUGAUGAGCCAAAUCCAAUUUUUAAUGAAGUUUUUGAACUUAAUACCACACUUCCUGGCGACUCUAUCUUGAAAAUCAAGCUAAUGGACUAUGACGAUAUUUUGUCAGACGAUAAAAUUGGGACCACAAAAAUUGAUUUAGAAGACCGCUUUUUUUCUAAUAAAUGGAAAGAUUUGCCUUAUAAACCAAUAGAAACCAGACCAAUUUAUGUGAAAUCAAGCAGAAGACCACAAGGAUAUGUAAGAUUAUGGCUUGAAAUAUUUUCCUCUAAAAAUAGAGAUGAGCCAUUAGAUAUUUCAGCAAAACCACCAGUCAAAUAUGAAGCAAGAGUUAUUAUUUGGAGAAGUGAAGAUGUCCCUAACGGUGACCCUGAAGGAGUCAGCGACUUAUAUGUAAGAGCCUGGAUCAAUAAUAUGCCACCUAAAGAAACGGAUACACAUUAUCGGUGUCAAAAUGGUAGAGGGUCGUGGAACUGGAGACUAAAAUUCCCCCUUGAGCUGAGCGGAAGAUGCUGUAAUAUAAUGAACCUCCAAUUGUGGGACAGGGAUUUCUUUUCCUCAAAUGAUAUAAUGGGUGAUGCUACUAUCGAUUUUAAUGAUAUCGCUCAAGAAGCUUAUGAGUCAGGAGGAAGGGUCAAGAAACUUGGAUCUUCAGAAAAUUGGCAGGAUCGUGCUUUAAGAAGAGAAAAUGAAAAAUUCUGGGUUGAAUUCAAAAAAACAAAUCCAGAGACGGGGAAAAGCGAAUACUCAGGAAAAGUUUUGAUGUCGUUUGAGCUGGUUCCAGAACAAAGGGCUCUGUCAUGUCCUGUAGGUGAAGGAAGAUCUGAGCCUAAUCUUGAUCCAUUUUUGCCUCCUCCAACAGGAAGGCUUGAGCUUUCUUGGAACCCUGUAAAAAUGGUCGGGCAGAUGUGUGGGCCUGAAUUCAAAACAAAAAUCUGCCAAAUGGUAUGUGUCGUUCUAUGCCUUCUGAUGUGCAUUUUCAUGUUCCCAAUGAUAAUUUCCAAUUCAAUAUCCAAUAUCAUGUUUGGGUAA